AUGGCUGCAUGGAACAUAAGGGGUUUGAACCGACCCCUGAAACAAAGUGAGGUUCGUCUUCUGUUUUCUGAAAAUAAAUUAUUUGUUUGUGCCAUUCUUGAAUCUCAUGUGGAUAUUACGAAGCUUACUAAGAAUAAAUACCAGGAGACAAGAAGCCUUUGGGAUAACUUAUGUAAGCAUAAGGGUUUUUGCCAUGACAAGCCAUGGGUCGUUAUGGGCGAUUUCAAUUCUGCGUUACAUAUUGAGGAUUCUCUGAAUGGUCCCUCCACUCAAUCGAUUGGUAUGAGAGAAUUUAAUGAUUGUGUUCAAUAUUCGGAGUUGAUAGAUAUUAAGGGUCAUGGGUUGCACUACACAUGGAACCAGAAACCAUCGAAUGGUAUUGGAUUGCUUAAAAAGAUUGAUCGUGUGAUGGGCAAUAUGAAGUUUUUAGAGAUUUUCAAGGAUGCGUAUGUCUUGUAUCAUCCGUUUCAGAUAUCUGACCAUACCCCGUACAUUCUUAAGCUAGCUGCUUCAGUCAAGAAUCAACAUGAAUGGAUUAAGCGAGUGGAUGGGGUUACUCUGUUUGCGGUCACCAAGAAGCUUAGAAACCUGAAGCCGUACAUGCGUAAACUGUUGUUCAACCAAGGGAAUUUGCAUGACAAAGUUGCUGAUUUGAGAAAGAAGCUUGAUGAUAUUCAGUCUCUUAUUGAUAGCAGCCCGUUAGAUGUUGACCUUCGUAACAUGGAGGCCCAAUGGCUUAAAGAUUUUCAGAUUGCAGCAUAUGAUGAAGAAUGUUUUCUUAAGAAUGCCAGAAGUAAAAUUUACGCUAUUAGGGAUGUUAAUGGGGACCGGUACGAGGGAGAGGGUAUUUUAGAUGCGUUAGUUUCUCAUUAUGCUAAUUUCUUGGGUACAGAGGACCGGGUUGCAACUAUUGAUCUGGACGAUAUUUGUGUCAAUACUCUUAGUGCUGAUGUUGCGGUCAAUAUGAUUCGGCAAGUAACCCGAGAGGAGGUAAAGAAUGCUAUUUUUAAUACUGGAGAGAACAAAGCCCCAGGCCCUGAUGGGUAUACAUCGGCGUUCUUUAAGUCUUCUUGGGAUAUUGUGGGUGAAGAUGUGUCGUCUGCUGUGAUAGUGUUUUUUGACAAUGGCAAGUUGUUGAAGCAAUUAAAUCACACGAUUCUGGCUCUCGUUCCUAAGGUGGAUACUCCGGAUUCGGUGCUUGACUAUCGUCUGAUAUCUUGUUGUAAUGUGAUUUAUAAGUGCAUAAGUAAGAUCAUUACGGAGAGAAUCAAGGGUAGUUUGGAGAAAUUGGUUAGUAUUAACCAAUCCGCCUUUGUUCCUGGUAGGAAAAUAUCGGACAAUAUCUUGUUAACUCAGGAGCUGAUUCAUAACUACCAUUUGAAUAAGGGCCCGGCUAGAUGUGCUUUCAAGAUCGAUAUUCAGAAAGCCUAUGAUACGGUUAACUGGGUAUUCUUAGAGAAUGUGCUCAAGGCGUUUGGAUUUCAUCAUAAAAUGGUUGCAUGGAUUAUGGCGUGUGUUAUUACAACGUCCUUUUCGAUUAGCAUUAAUGGUAAUCUGCAUGGUUAUUUUAGAGGGAAAUAG